UGAGCACGUCAGCAUGCUGGUGAUCCUGCUGAACUGCGUCACCCUGGGCAUGUUCCAGCCCUGCGAGGACGUGGAGUGCCAGUCGGAGCGCUGCACCAUCCUGGAGGCUUUUGACGACUUCAUUUUCGCUUUCUUUGCGGUGGAGAUGGUCAUCAAGAUGGUGGCCCUGGGGAUCUUCGGGCAGAAGUGUUACCUUGGAGACACGUGGAACCGCCUGGACUUCUUCAUCGUGAUGGCAGGCAUGAUGGAGUAUUCCCUGGAUGGACACAACGUCAGCCUGUCCGCCAUCCGCACCGUCCGCGUCCUGCGGCCCCUGCGAGCCAUCAACAGGGUCCCAAGUAUGAGAAUCCUGGUCACCCUGCUGUUGGAUACUCUGCCUAUGUUAGGCAACGUCCUCCUCUUGUGCUUCUUUGUCUUCUUCAUCUUUGGGAUUGUGGGUGUCCAGCUCUGGGCAGGGCUGCUGAGGAACAGGUGUUUCCUAGACAGGAAUUUUGCAAUGACCUACAACCUGACCUUCCUGCACCCCUACUACCGCACGGACGAGGCGGAGGAGAACCCCUUCAUCUGCUCGUCGCACCGGGAGAACGGGAUGCAGAAGUGCUCCAACAUCCCAAACAGGAAGGAGUACAAGGUGGAGUGCACCUUGAGCAUGGACUCCUACACCCCCAGUUUGUACCACCCCGACUCCAGCAGCAGGAAUUCCUGCAUAAACUGGAACCAGUAUUACAACGUGUGCAUGGCGGGGGACGUGAACCCGCACAACGGAGCUAUCAAUUUUGAUAACAUUGGAUAUGCCUGGAUAGCUAUUUUUCAGGUUAUAACCCUGGAAGGAUGGGUUGACAUCAUGUACUACGUGAUGGAUGCACAUUCUUUUUACAAUUUUAUAUAUUUUAUAUUGCUUAUAAUAGUCGGUUCCUUCUUCAUGAUCAACUUGUGCCUGGUUGUGAUAGCCACACAGUUCUCUGAGACCAAGCAGCGGGAGAACCAGCUGAUGCAGGAGCAGCGGGCCCGCUACCUCUCCAACGACAGCACAAUCGCCAGCUUCUCGGAGCCGGGGAGCUGCUACGAGGAGCUGCUCAAGUACAUCUGCCACAUCUUCAGGAAGGUGAAGCGCAGGACCGUCCGCCUGUACCACAACUGGCAGAGCAAGCGCCGGAAAAAGGUGAACCCCAACGGCAGCGCCAACGGGCAGAGCCACCGCGGCCGCAGGCGCAUCACCUCCAUCCACCACCUCAUCCACCACCACCACCACCACCACCACCACCACUACCACAUCAGCAACGGCAGCCCGCGGGGCCCGCGCCCCAGCCCCGAGAUCUGCGACCUGGAGCUCAGGGUGGUGAAGCCCGGGGCCCAGCUGAUGCUCCCCGCCCCGGCCCCCCGCCCGCAGAGCCCGGCCCCCCGCCCCGACGCCGAGGCCGUGCACAGCAUUUACCACGCCGACUGCCACGUGGAGGGGCCCCCCGUGAGCUGCAAGUCUUCCAACGCCCCCGCGGGCGUCAAAGUGGCCGCCGGGCUCUCCAGCCGCGGCAACACCAACUACCCCACCAUCCUGCCCUCGCCCACGGGCAGAGCCGGCUCCGCGCCCGCUCCCAAAGGGAAGAAGAACGGGAAUUCACCCGUGGCCGUGGUUAACAGCCCGGUGAAUUUGGGUGUGGAUCCUUACGGGAAGCUGCAGCAACUGGUAGGAGAACAUGGUCUGCGGCGCACGCCCAGCCGGCUGUCGGGGCUGAGCACGACCCCCCUGCCCAGCCCCCCUGGCCCCACCCUGACCUGUGAGCUCCAGGACUGCCCCUUCUGUGCCAGCCUCCUGGACGACCCCGAGUUCGCCCUCAGCGACUCCGAGAGCUGCGACUCCGACAGCAAUGGCGUCUACGAAUUCACGCAGGACCUGCGGCACGGGGACCACCGGGACCAGCUCCAGCAGCAGAGGGGCAGGAGGAGGAGGAAGAAGAAAAAACCCAAGGAGAGGAACAAGGUGGUGCAGCUGUGGAAGGCUUUUGGCAGCAAACUGAAGAGGAUCGUGGAGAGCAAGUACUUCAACCGGGGCAUCAUGAUCGCCAUCCUCAUCAACACCCUGAGCAUGGGCAUCGAGUACCACGAGCAGCCAGAUGAGUUGACCAACGCCCUGGAGAUCAGCAACAUCGUCUUCACCAGCAUGUUUGCCCUGGAGAUGCUCCUGAAGCUCCUUGCCUUUGGCAUCUUUGGCUACAUCAAGAACCCCUACAACAUCUUCGACGGCAUCAUCGUUGUCAUCAGUGUCUGGGAGAUCAUUGGGCAGUCGGACGGGGGGCUGUCGGUGCUCAGGACGUUCCGGCUGCUGCGGGUGCUGAAGCUGGUGCGGUUCAUGCCCGCCCUGCGCCGCCAGCUCGUGGUGCUCAUGAAGACCAUGGACAACGUGGCCACCUUCUGCAUGCUGCUCAUGCUCUUCAUCUUCAUCUUCAGCAUCCUUGGCAUGCAUCUGUUUGGAUGCAAGUUCAGCCUGAAAACUGACACAGGGGACACAGUUCCAGACAGGAAGAAUUUCGAUUCCUUACUUUGGGCCAUUGUCACUGUGUUUCAGAUCCUCACUCAGGAGGACUGGAACGUGGUCCUGUACAACGGGAUGGCGUCGACCUCCUCGUGGGCAGCUCUGUACUUCGUGGCCCUGAUGACCUUCGGGAAUUACGUGCUCUUCAACCUGCUGGUUGCCAUCCUGGUGGAGGGAUUCCAGGCAGAGGGUGAUGCCACUAGGUCAGACACAGAUGAGGACAAGACAUCUGCCAACUUUGAGGAUGAUUUUGAGAAGCUGAAAGACCUCCAAGCAACAGAGAUGAAGAUGUACUCCCUGGCUGUCACCCCCAAUGGGCACCUGGAGGGCAGGGGGUCGAUGCCCCCUCCCAUCAUCCUGCGCACGGCGGCCACCCCGAUGCCCACCCCGAAGUGCUCCCCGCACAUGGACUCGGUGCACACCUUCGUGGACUCGAGGAGAGGCAGCAACGCUUCCCUGGACCCCACGAGCUACGAUCAGAAGUCCUUGUCCAGCCUCCGCAGUUCCCCUUGCGCCAACUGGGGCACCAGCAGCAACUGGGGGAGCCGGCGCUCGAGCUGGAACAGCCUGGGCAGAGCCCCGAGCCUCAAGAAGAAGAACCAGUCGGGAGAGAGGGAGUCCCUGCUCUCCGGGGAGGGCAAGGGCAGCACCGACGACGACUCGGACGACGCCAAGUCCAGCACGGUGAGCCGGCCCUCGCUGCACCGGCGGGCGGAGUCCCUGGAUUACCGCAGCUCCCUGGAGCUGCCCGAGCUGCUCCAGCUGCCCCCCGUGCGCCACUCGCUCGGGGUGAGCCCCGUGGCGCUGCCCCCCGAGUUCCAGGACUGCAACGGCAAGAUGGUGCACGUGCCCAGCGAGCUCUUCCUGCGCGUCGACGGGCACAAGGAGGAUGCCCUGGACUACGAGGAUGACAUGGAGGAUAGUUACUGCUACCGGAUCCGCAAAGUCCUGGAGCCCUACAAACCCCAGUGGUGCAAGACUCACGAGGACUGGUCCCUCUACUUGUUUUCCCCCCAGAAUCGGUUCCGGGCGAUGUGCCAGAAGGUCAUUGCCCACAAAAUGUUUGAUCAUGUGGUGCUGGUCUUUAUAUUUCUCAACUGCAUCACUAUUGCACUGGAGAGACCAGACAUAGACCCACAGAGCACGGAAAGGAUAUUCCUCAGCGUUUCGAAUUACAUCUUCACUGCCAUCUUUGUGGCUGAAAUGAUGGUGAAGGUGGUAGCUCUUGGCUUUUUCUCUGGGGAGAACACCUACCUGCAGAGCAGCUGGAACGUUCUGGAUGGAGUCCUGGUCUUUGUGUCUAUCAUUGACAUUAUUGUGUCCAUGGCAUCAGCAGGAGGAGCCAAAAUCCUGGGUGUCCUUCGAGUUUUGAGACUUCUGCGGACCUUGAGACCUCUCCGAGUCAUCAGCAGAGCCCCAGGUCUGAAGCUGGUGGUGGAAACCUUGAUCUCCUCCUUGAGGCCUAUCGGGAAUAUUGUUCUCAUCUGCUGUGCUUUCUUCAUUAUCUUUGGGAUUUUAGGGGUCCAGCUCUUUAAAGGGAAGUUCUACUACUGUGAUGGUCCUGAUGUCAAAAACAUCACCACGAAGACCGACUGCACCAACGCUCGCUACAAAUGGGUCCGGCGCAAGUACAACUUUGACAACCUGGGGCAGGCCCUCAUGUCCCUGUUUGUCCUCUCCUCCAAGGACGGGUGGGUGAACAUCAUGUACGACGGGCUGGAUGCCGUGGGCAUUGACCAACAGCCCAUCCAGAACCAUAACCCUUGGAUGCUUCUCUACUUCAUCUCCUUCCUGCUCAUCGUCAGCUUCUUCGUGCUCAACAUGUUUGUGGGGGUGGUGGUGGAGAACUUCCACAAGUGCCGGCAGCACCAGGAGGCGGAGGAGGCGCGGCGGCGCGAGGAGAAGCGGCUCCGACGCCUGGAGAAAAAGCGCAGGAGUAAGGAGAUGUACCUGUCUGAGGCUCAGCGCAGGCCUUACUACGCCGACUAUUCCCCAGCACGGAAAUACAUCCACAGCCUCUGCACCAGCCACUACCUCGACCUGUUCAUCACCUUCAUCAUCGGGGUCAACGUCAUCACCAUGUCCAUGGAGCACUACAACCAGCCCAAGUCCCUGGAUGAAGCCCUGAAGUACUGCAACUACGUGUUCACCAUUGUUUUCGUGUUCGAGGCGCUUCUGAAGUUGGUGGCGUUCGGUUUCCGGAGGUUCUUUAAGGACAGGUGGAAUCAGCUGGAUUUGGCCAUAGUUCUGCUGUCCAUUGUGGGAAUCACCCUGGAGGAGAUCGAGAUGAAUGCUGCUCUGCCCAUCAACCCCACCAUCAUCCGCAUCAUGCGCGUGCUCAGGAUAGCCAGAGUGCUGAAGCUGCUGAAAAUGGCCACAGGGAUGAGAGCUCUGCUGGACACGGUGGUACAAGCCCUUCCCCAGGUAGGGAACCUUGGCCUACUUUUUAUGCUCCUGUUUUUUAUCUAUGCUGCCCUGGGAGUGGAAUUGUUUGGCAAGCUCGAUUGCAGCGAAGAAAAUCCCUGUGAGGGCCUGAGCCGCCACGCCACCUUCACCAACUUCGGCAUGGCCUUCCUCACCCUCUUCAGGGUGUCCACGGGGGACAACUGGAAUGGGAUCAUGAAGGACACUCUGCGGGAAUGCACUCGGGAGGACAAGCACUGCCUCAGCUACCUGCCCGUCAUCUCCCCCGUCUACUUCGUCACCUUCGUCCUCAUCGCGCAGUUCGUCCUGGUCAACGUGGUGGUGGCCGUGCUGAUGAAGCACCUGGAGGAGAGCAACAAGGAGGCCAAGGAGGACGCUGAGAUGGACGCUGAGAUCGAGCUGGAGAUGUCCAGAGGGACGAGCACCUCGGCCGCGGGCGGGAGCAGGGGAGGUGCCGUGGCCCCCGAGGGCCGGGCGCCCUGCAGGGCUCAGGACAGCCUGAAGGCAGCGGUGCAGGUGAAGCACCAAGCCCUGGAGGUGCUGAGCUGUGAGAGUGUGUCUUUAGCCAUCCCAGACACGCUGGAGGGGGCAGAGGCUCCCAGCACGGAAUUCCCGUCCUCCUGCUCUGUUUCCCACCAUGUCCUGCCACCUUCCCACAAAAGCCCAGGCCACCAGGCUGAGGGCAGCUCAGCCUCUCUGAGGCCCCAGGACUCCCAGAACCUGCUGACAGUCCGCAAGAUCUCCGUGUCCCGGAUGCAUUCCCUGCCCAACGACAGCUACAUGUUCCGGCCCGUGAUGCCGGCGAAAGCCCCCUUCCCCCUUCACGAGGUGGAGAUGGAAACCUAUCCCUGCAAAGCCCAAAGAGGAUCCAUCACCUCCAUCCGCUCCCAGCCCGUGGGCACGUGCUCCUCCCUGAGGGUGCCAGCAGAGCCCCUGCAGCUGUCUGUCUGCUCCCCCAGCCACGAGGGCCGGCACCGCUGGAAGGUCCUUCCCCCCAACGUCACUCCUCGAUCUCCUGUCCUCAGCAAGCUGCUGUGCAGGCAGGUGAGAGGCCAAGAGCCUGCAGAGGAGGCCCUUCGAACGGACUCGGUGGACGGACAGCCUGCGGGCCGCAAGGACAGCCUGCAAGCAGAGCCUGGGGAGACACCGCCCUCAGCAAAGCAGCCCCAGAGCACCCUCAGCCCCGGCCCCCUGCCCUCCACAGCCGCCUCCCUGCCGGCCACCCCUCCGUGCUCCCCGCACCGCCCCCCCAGCCCCCUGCCCCGCAAGCUGCCCAGCCGGCCGCCCAGCCCCACCGGCCCCGAGGGCUGCCCCGGAGAGCCCUCCGACCUGGCGGACGAGGAGGUUCGGCACAUCAACAGCUCGGCCAAAGACUGGGCGCAGGAGCACUCGGAGCCCGGGAGCCGCUCCGCCUCGCCCUUCAUCUCCCCGGCCCCGUCCCCGGUGCCCCUCAAGAACUGCAGCACGAGCAGCCUCUCCGGCGGCCGCAGGGAGAAGGACUUGAAGAAGUUCUACAGCACCGACACCAAGGGCUUCCUCAGCAAGCCCAGCUGGGCCGACGAGCAGCGGCGGCACUCCAUCGAGAUCUGCCCCUCCCUCGGCGACCGGCACUGCGGCUUCCAGGACCCCGCCGAGGAGAAGCAGCGGCCCCCUGCCCACAUCCCGGCGGAGUCCGACUACAUCCACGGCGCCCGGAGGAAGAAGAAGAUGAGCCCGCCCUGCAUUUCUAUAGAUCCUCCCAUGGAGGACGACGGCGGGGCGGCCCCGCGCGCCAAGCCCUCCGAGAACAGCAUGCUGAGGAGAAGGACCCCGUCCUGCGAGUUCCCGGCCUACAGAGAAUCCCUGGAGCUGGCGGAGAGCCAGCCCGGGGAGCCGGGCUCCAAAGCGGAGCGCCGGGCCCAGCCCCAGUGCCGGGGGGAGCUCCUCACCAUCCCCAACUUCUCCUUCGAGCAGUUGGACGGCGGCUCCCUGAGCAACCUCUCGGAUCUCCUGGACAGCGGGCAGUCCACGCCGGACUCGCGGCCGGAGCCCGAACUGAAAAAGCCGGAUCACUUAAAGACUCAGCGGAGCAACGGCGAGAAAAGCAAAGAGCUGCUGGGCAUCGCCAAGAGCCCCCUCCGGAAGCAGGACUUGGCCCCCGUGACUGUUGCCACAGAAGAAGACGUGGAUGACCCAGUAUAGCUGUCUGGGAGGGGGGAAAGGGGGGGUCUCAAGGGCUUGACACCAACGUGGGGUUCCACAGUGGGGACCGAGCGGCCGCGGGGUCGCGGGUGGCUGCUCGGAGGGGUUUUCCCUCUCUGGCGCAGUCACUGGUUGGGAAGUUUGCAAAAAAAACCCACACACACACACACAGAGUGAGAAAAAUGAAAAGAGAAACCAAACAAAACGGCUGGACGAGACGGGGUCAGGUUUUGGGGAGGGGGGAGCGGAUUUGCAAAGAGGUUUGGGGGUUCCUCCUCUCGAGGGAAGCUGGAAACGCUGCAGGGAGGGGUCGCUUCGUCCCUCCCGCCCCCACUCCGCGGCCUCGAUCACAUUGAUUCGGGUCCGGGGUGGCGGCCGUUGGGAUUUGGGGGAUUCUCUUGGGGUUUUGUUGUUUUGUUGGGUUUGUUGUUUUGUUUUGUUUUUGUUUUUGUUUUUUUUUAAAAGAUGCUCGACUUUUACCGAGGCACCUUUUGGAGCUGUCACGUUACGCGGGGGAGUGCCCGGGAGGUGGGAGCUGUACAUCAUCUGUAUAUCAGCAGUUAUAUAAAUAGAAAUUAUGUAUUUGUGAGAUACAAAACAAGGGGGGGGGGGGGCCAAACAAAAAGACAAAAAAAAAACCAAAUAGACCCACAAAAACUCUGUCUUCAUAAUGCACAUAUUUUUAUAGAGAAACAGAGAUACUGGUUUUUUUUGCAUUACAUGUGACUCCGCAACUGGGUGAUGUUUCCUUGGGUUUUCUGUGGAAUUGAUUAUUCCGGUCAUUCAUUUUCCAAAUGUUUCUCCUCUUUCUUCGCUUCCCUCCCUUUCCUCUCCUCCCCUCCACCAUCAUCCCACCGGCUUCUUCUCACAGCUGAUGCCUAUCGACCUCUCGCUCAUUUUCCAUUUGUACUUUAGAGGUUGUCCUAACUACAGACAAAAAGAAAAACCAAAUCACUACUGAAUUGUAGCCAGUGCAAUAAUAAGUUAUUCAUUCUUCUCGUGUGUCCAACUGUCCUGUUGCUUUUUUUUCAACCCCUUUUUUUUUUUUUUAACUGAAAUUCAGGUUAAACGUCGCAAUAAUCCGAACUAACGUGCACAGACACGGUUUCUUGUGUUGCAAAGGAAAAAAAAACUAUGAAAAAAAAAACCAAAAGAAGUUGAAUUUACAGAGUGAUUUAAAAAAAAAGAAAAACACAAAUAAAUAGUAAAUUAUUUAAGAAAUGUAUUUUGUUUACUGCAGUAUCUAAGUAAAUUAUUGAUACAGUAUGUAAAGGUGUAAAGAGCUGUCUUAGGUGAGUUCUUUGUGAGCAUUUAAGGUGAUGAUUUGUCCUUGUGGCAGAACAACUUCAACCAAACCCUGGGGGCAGCCCUGACCCCCUCUGUUUGCACUCCUUGUUGGUCUUCCCUCCACAUCCCUGCCCCCACACCCAGACACAUCCCCUUCCCAAGGCCCUUCCGGCACCGACCGAGAAGCCCUUCAGAGGAAUCCAGGUCGCCUGUUAACACCACUUGGGGGUUUCUUUGCAGUUUUUUGGGGUUGAUUUUUCUUUCUUAGCCUCCGGUCCCUUCCCCACCCCUCAUCCAGGCCCUCUCCCCGUGGCACAGCUUUGCCGUGGGCAGCUGAUGGGAAGGAGGAGCAGGAACGAGUCCGUGGCGAGGAUGUGCCAGCGGGUCAGCACUCAGACGUGCAGGGGGGUGGUAAAUGGAAGCAGUGGUUCUCGUUUGGUUCGUUCCAUGCCGCCUCAUAUUUAUGCAUUCACAUAUAUCUUCUGUUAUUUAUGCAUUCAUUACUCAAAAGGAAAUGUAUCUUGUUUCACAUGUAUUAAACUGUAUAAACUGGAA